AUUUAUUUAUAACUAUUAUAUAUACGGGUGUUUGUAAAUCCCCCAAUCCAUUCAACAAGAUGCAAUGCUUCCUGAUUUAAAUACUUGACAAAAAAAGAAAACCUUAAUCCAAUUUGGCCGUCCCCAAAAAAAUACCGGUUCGCAAAGCGGCGAUUAUACUGCACGAUUCCUCCACGCGACCUCCCUCCGUCGAUCGCGAAAUCCUUCACGCGAGCUCCGUUCGCUUCCUCCGUCGAUCGAUCGCAUUUCGAGCCUACUCCAAGGAUCAGAUCAUCAGUAUUCUCGAAGAAAGGUUGAGGUUAAAUUGAACCAAACUCGCCGACCAGAGUCUUUCAAUAUCAACCCAAAUGGCCAUGGAGACAGCAGAUUCCGUCAAACUAUCAACCAACCUCCCGCCAGCGGCCACCGCCGGCGGUGGCGACGGCCUGAUCAUAUCCACGACCGACGUCAUCCGCUCAUUCCUCACCGCCGCCUCCACAGAUUCUCAUCUUCCCAAGGAUCUCAGAGACCUUUCCUCCUCCCUUUCGGCGCACUCAACCGUACCCUAUAAGUCCCUGAGAAUGAUAUGGUUCGGAUCCGAACGCGAAAGCCGACCCGAUUUGUCCUCUCUCCUCUCCGGUUCAAAUUUCAUCUUUACCAGCCCUAAGCCCAGGGAAAAGAGUGAGGAGUUGAAGGUGAGAUUGAGAAAGCUACAGGAGGCAGCUGAGAAGAAGGCGUAUGAAGAAUUGGUGAAGGACAUUACUCCUAGAAAGACUGUGGAAGAGCCAUUUUCUUCUUACAAGGAUCAGUUGGGCUUUGGAUUGCAUGUGGUGGUAACAAUGUUCUCGGGAUACUUACUUGGAUACGCAGCAUUCAGGGCAUUGUUCGGCAGCAGUCCUGCUAUGAAUGCUGCUGGUGGCAUUCUUGGAUUGGUUGGGGCAAUGCUGGUGGAGACGUUUCUAUUUAUACUUAGAGCUUCUUACCAAGAUAAACGCUCAUCUUCUUCUUCCAGUUUCUCUUCUUCGUCCACUCUGAAGAUAAAAAAGAACCAAUAGAUGUCGGAUUCAGUUUUGUACUUUUAGUUUUAGCGCGCCUUUGGUUGAUAUAUCGGCCACGUGAAAUGUAGACUGCAAUUGAUAUGUGUAAGUUUUGUAGAAA